AACGUUGAGGCUCGGAGUUAGAGAGAGAACGGCUAAGUUGUUAUAUUCAAAAAAAGUUGUAUACAUACUAGUCACUAUAAGUAUAAAGCACAGGAGAGAUAAAGCAAAGGCAUGGAGACUGUGUGUAUGUAAUGUGUGUAUGUAUCAUCAUCAUCAUCAUAAUGUGUUAGCCUGUAAAAUUUUAUUCUCCUCCCUCUUUUGUUGAAGCGUUCUCUCUCUACACUUUCUCUCUCUAGAAUCUCGGUGGCUUGGGAGACACGAUUGAGUUGUUUGAUUUGUGAUGGCGAGUGAAGGAGAAGAAUUGUCGUUUUCAAUGGCGUCUGUGGUGGAGAGUGUUCUUCAACAGCACGGCGUGCGUUCUCGCGAUCUCGAUUUAGAUUCUCGGAGAGCUGAGGAAGCUGCGAUGAGAAGGUAUGAAGCAGCUGCUUGGUUGAGAAAGAUGGUUGGAGUUGUUGGAGCUAGAGAUUUGCCUGCAGAACCUUCUGAGGAAGAGUUUAGGAUCGGUUUGAGGAGCGGGCUCAUUCUUUGUAAUGUACUAAACAAGAUUCAACCAGGAGCCGUCCCAAAGGUUGUGGAGAGCCUGUGUGAUUCUGCUCAAAUAGCGGAUGGGGCAGCUUUAUCUGCCUAUCAGUACUUUGAAAAUGUGAGGAACUUUCUUGUAUCUGUGCAAGAUAUGGGGCUUCCUACCUUUGAAGCUUCUGAUUUAGAACAGGGAGGAAAAUCUGCAAGGAUUGUUAAUUGCGUGUUGGCACUCAAAUCAUACAGUGACUGGAAACAAGCUGGUGGCAACGGAGUGUGGAAAUUUGGUGGAAAUGUAAAGCUAACUACACCCAUGAGAAAUCAUGUUCGCAAAAAUUCGGAGCCAUUUACCAAUUCUUUGUCAAGGAAUAUAUCGAUGAAUGAAAAGACUUUGAGUAACCUCUGUCCCGAUAAUGACUCUAGUACAUUGCACUCUUCACCCCUAAGUAUGCUUGUUCGAGCAGUUCUAUUGGAUAAAAAGGCUGAAGAAGUUCCCAGUCUCGUAGAAUCUGUGCUGACUAAAGUUAUGGAGGAAUUUGAACAUCGAAUUGCAAACCAACUUGAAGUGAAGAAAACAUCAUCAAAGGAUACCGCUUGUUUGCAUGGAAACAAGGUUUUGCAGAAACAGAAUUCAGGUGACUCAAAACUGAAGAUUGAAGACAGAAAUGCUGCUCAGCGAAAGAAAGAGCAGUGUUUUACCAGCAACUAUGUCUCUGAUGAGGAAUCAAAGAGAAGAUCCAUGAAACAAGUGAUGAUCGUUGACGAGCAACAUAGAGACAUAAAGGAGCUUAAACAAACUCUUUCUACUACAAAAGCUGGCAUGCAAUAUAUGCAAAUGAAGUUUCAUGAAGAGAUGCAAAAUCUUGGUAUGCACAUUCAUGGUCUGGCACAUGCUGCUUCCGGAUAUCAUAAAGUGCUCCUUGAAAACCGCAAACUUUAUAAUCAAGUACAAGACCUUAAAGGAAAUAUUAGGGUAUAUUGUCGAGUUAGACCCUUCUUAGGAGAUCAGGCAAACUAUACAAGUACAGUGGAUCAGAUUGAAGAAGGAGUGAUAACCAUUAGUGCUCCGUCAAGACAUGGAAAAGGACAUCGAUCCUUCAACUUCAACAAAGUAUAUGGACCCCGUGCAACGCAAGGAGAGGUAUUCUCAGAUACUAGGCCAUUAAUACGUUCAGUUCUUGAUGGUUACAAUGUUUGUAUAUUUGCCUACGGUCAGACUGGUUCAGGGAAAACAUAUACAAUGACUGGACCUAGGGAUCUAACUGAGGAUACUCUAGGGGUUAAUUACCGCGCAUUAAGUGAUUUGUUUCUUCUUGCUGAGCAAAGAAGAGACACCUUCCAAUAUGAUGUUUCUGUCCAGAUGAUCGAAAUUUAUAAUGAACAAGUUAGAGACCUCUUAGUCGCAGAUGGAUUCAAUAAAAGAUUAGAAAUUCGCAACAGCUCCCAGACUGGUCUUAAUGUUCCUGAUGCAAGCCUACUUCAUGUCACCACACCUUCGGACGUGAUUGAUCUUAUGAACGUAGGACAAAGAAAUAGGGCAGUUGGUGCAACAGCCCUCAAUGAUCGCAGCAGUCGCUCUCAUAGUUGUUUAACUGUCCAUGUCCAAGGAAAAGAUUUGACAUCUGGAGCUGUUCUUCGUGGAUGUAUGCAUCUGGUUGAUCUGGCUGGAAGUGAGAGGGUGGACAAAUCUGAAGUGACGGGAGACAGAUUGAAAGAAGCACAACAUAUUAAUAAGUCUCUUUCGGCAUUAGGCGAUGUAAUAGCUUCCCUUGCACAAAAAAAUUCACAUGUUCCUUACAGAAAUAGCAAACUAACCCAAUUGCUCCAAGAUUCACUUGGUGGGCAAGCUAAGACACUUAUGUUUGUUCACAUAAGCCCUGAACUAGAUGCUGUUGGAGAAACAAUCAGUACUCUUAAAUUUGCGGAGCGGGUUGCCACAGUAGAACUUGGUGCUGCACGAGUGAACAAAGAUACUUCAGAUGUUAAAGAACUUAAAGAACAGAUUGCAAGUCUUAAAGCAGCCUUGGCACGGAAAGAGAGAGAACCAGAACAUGUUCAAAGUGUGAUGUCGGGAAGCCCGUGUAGCAUGUCAUCCCCUUUCCAAUCCAACAAGCGGGGAGACGUGUUCUCUAAUUCAAACAACCAAAGAAAACCAAUGGAGGAAGUAGGCAAUAUAGAGAUCCGGAAAAAUUCUUCAACUAGACAAAAGAGUCAAAGCUUUGAUCUAGACGAACUAUUAGGAAAUUCCCCACCAUGGCCUCCAGUCAGUAGUCCUGGUCAGCAUUACGGAGAGGAAGAUAAAGAUGCCGGAUCAGGUGACUGGGUAGACAAGGUAAUGGUAAACAAGCAAGAUGCUGCAAGGAGAGUUGAAAAGCCUUUGGGAUGCUGGGAAGCAGAUGGCAACAUUGGUGACGUAUUCUACCACAAGUAUUUGUCAGAUUCCUCAAAAUCAUACCCGGAGCAGUCAUAUAACAUGUUCCCUUCAAACAACCAGUUCGAUAUUGCUACUGCAGACGAUUUAGAUGAGCUUGAUGCUGCUACUAGUGAUUCGUCUGAACCAGAUUUGCUUUGGCAAUACAACCAUUCCAAACUAUCCAAUUUAGCAAGUGGAAUUGGGUCAAAGAUUCAAAAGCCUAGCCCGAAUCCAGGGAAAAGCCCCGAAUUAAGCAAGAGUAUGAUUCCUAAAGUCAGGCCUUCACCACCUUCACGGAAAAUGGGAAGUGGGAAUAAAACCACUCCAGUGCGAGCAGGGAGGCAGGCAAUUGCUUCAGAAGCUAAACGGAAGACUGGAAAUAUGAAGUAGGGAUUGUUGGUACAAAUAUUUUUCCAUAUUUUUUAAUUAUUUUAUUUGAGAAGUGAGUGAGAGUUUUUUAUAUAUAUAGUUUCUUCCAGGCUUCUUUUCCUUUAUCAGUUUGUAAUGUAUAUGUCAAAAUACAGCAAUAAUUCCAGUUGCUUGUAUGUUUUCAGUGUUGCAGUACUCUUGGAAGUUGGAACCCCAUUUUUUAAACUCAACUGAUAUAAGUACUGAUAUUAACUUCUGAUUUUAUGAA